AUGGCGAACGCUACUGAGGACUCCAUGCCUAAGAAGAAACAAGGAGCAAAAAGCAGACGCUCUCCGUGGUGGAACUCCGAAUGUUCAAAGGCAUUGCGCGAUCUCAAACAUCCCCCCGACAACCGCUCUCGCAACGCCCGCCGUGCAUGCCUGCGGGGCGCUAUCAGACGCGCUUGUAAAUCUCACGCCGACCAAGUCUGCAAAGCUGCAUCCAUUGGAAAUGUAUUCCGAUUCACCAACUGGUACAAGGGCAAACGUCGAGCACCCCUCCCUCCAAUACGAUUUGGUGGAGGGCUGGUCACAGUGCCACAACAGAAAGCUAUUGCGCUGACCGAUAAAUUCUUCCCAAAAGCCACAUCCUCUUGGGUCUCCCUCAAACCCCUCGGGAUCCCCCAAGCCCCCGAAAGACCGUGGCACAAUAUCACUAAGGAGGAAAUAGAGACUGCACUCGCAAGCUCCUCCAACACUUCAUCACCCGGAGCCUUUGGAACCAACUACCGUCUAUUAAAAUGGGCUUUCUCAGUCAGGCCGAACCCCAUCCUUAAUCUGUACAACGGCUGUCUCACCCUUGGAUACCAUCCGUCCUGCCUCCGGAACGCGGUCAUAGCGGUCAUACCCAAGCCAAACUGCAGCAAUAUGUCUGAUCCCAAGUCCUACCAACCUAUUUUGCUCCUGGAGACCCUCUCAAAAUGCCUUGAGAAAGUGGUUACACGUUGUCUUAUCUUUGAAGCUGGCAAAUUCAACCUUAUUCCUCAUUCACAAUUUGGCGGACGCGACAUGACCUCUUGUGCAGACGCUGGAUUGUGCCUCACGCACAACACAAGAACCCAAUGGGCCCUUGGGAACCAUGUCUUGCUACUCACAAUGGAUGUCUCUGGAUAUUUCAAUAAUGUUGACCACGCCAGGUUAAUUUUCACUUUGAAAAGACUGGGAUACGCGCACGAAAUCUGCCAGUGGAUCCAAUCCUACCUACUCAAGAGAACCGCGCAACCAAAAAUUGACGAAACUCUGUGCGACCCAAUCAACUUGCCCGCGGUUGGUAUCCCCCAGGGAUCCCCCCUCUCACCCAUAUUGUCAUCAAUUUACUCUAUUCCCCUCCUACGUGCAAUUCAAGAUCCCCAAGCUCUCACCUAUGCUUACGUUGACGAUUUCUCCAUUCUUGCCUUCUCCAACUCGCACGCUUCCAAUACCACAAUCCUUCAGAACAUUGCAAACACCGCCAACAACACUCUCAGAGCACUUGGACUAGAGUUUGAACUCCCAAAAUCCAACCUUAUUCACUUCACCUCUUGCAAACAACAACCAUCUAAUGCCCAAAUCACGCUCACACAUGACCUCGGCACUUCCGUAAUAACACCCAAAGUUGUGGUUCGCUGGUUGGGAUUCUACCUGGAUCAAAAACUUAAUUUCAAGGAGCAUGUACGCUACAUGGCCAACAAGGCAAACGCAAUUCUAGCUGGUCUCCAUAUGCUAGCUGACACUGUCAAGGGCAUGUCCAUGAGACACGCACGUAUCUUAUUCAUUGCGUGCGUCAGACCCAUUCUCACAUACGGCUCCCUCAUUUGGUUUCACGGUGGCUCACCGGAGCAUUCAAAACCUCUCCAACAGACGCCCUACACCAUCGCCUCCAUUCCUCCCAUCCACAUCUACCUCCAAAGACUCAACACAAACGCUGCCACCAAAUUGAGAGCCCUGCCCAGACACGCGGAAAUUAGCUGCCGCCUCCCUAAGGCCUGGGACUCCCAUGAUCCCACCUUACCACACCCCCCCAAGCCUAAACGUUGCCAGACAGCCGUCCCUUCCCCCAUCGUCCGACUAGCGGCACUGUCACACCCAGAAUCCGAAUUCCAAACCCUGUACCUUAACCCCCCCUGGGUCCCGGAAAAUCCCUUCCCUGGCAGACUACAAUUUGCCUUCCCCCCUGCCGGCUCCCCAAAAGAUUGCCAAGCAAAGAUUGCGGAGAACGCCAACCGCCUGAUCGACGCACUCGCGCACAAGGGAACCCUGAUUGGAUUCUCCGACGGUUCAAAAGAGGUCCGUUUGGGAGUCCGGAAAGUAGGAGUUGGAUACAGCAUUGUAUGGAAGAAAGAGGAGGUCGCCAAAUUCAGCGGCGGCAUUGGCCCUCGCGCGGACAUAUUUGAUGCCAAAAUGCUUGCGCUUGCGCUCAUUGUCCGCAGAUGCACGCGAUUUGCAAAGUCACACAAUAUUCUCAGAAUCCACAUCUUCUUGGACAACCUAGCCGCCGUACGCAUUAUCAACAAAUGCAGCCCCCAUGCCGCCCAAUACGCAUCAAUACUAUUCCGAAAAGAGGCCCACACAUUCCUUCAAGGCAACGCAAGGAGGUCAAUUGUGGUCCAAUGGAUCCCAGGCCACUCCAAAAUCAAAGGCAACAAACGUGCGGACAAACUGGCUAACGCAGGACUCGACUCCUGCCCCACGCCGUUCUUUAACCGGACCGCUACCUGGGCCAAAUGCCGCGCCACUCAACGCGCAGCCAAGUCAUGGGGACGCUUAUGGGCAGAACACCCCCACUCAAAAACGGUCCAAAAACACAUCCCACGUCCCCCGGCACUCAAAUUGCACCCAAUAUUCCAAAACCCCAGUAUCCCUCGAUCGGUGUCCUCCCGCCUCAUCCACGUUAUGACAGGCCACGGCUGCUUCGGCGAAUACAAGGCCAGAAUGCCUUUCAUUAACGGAAGCGCCAAGUGCCAAUGUGGCGACCCGAACCAAACCAUCCCCCACCUCCUGUUCCACUGCCCGCUUGCCAAAGACAGCCGCAAGCUCCUUUUUGAAGCGGCACCAGACCUCAACCCCGCAACCCUCUUUGGGACCCCCAAGGGAUUGGAAGCGGUCGCCAAAUUCAUCUACCAUUCCGGAAUUGGCCUAUAUAAAUAG